ACGUCACACAUCGACACUCCCUUUUCCCCAGUAGAGGGAGAAAGAUGGCGCCCACACACGUACUGAGAUGCUGUCAACGGGGUUUAGCAUGGAUACCUGUGAUUUUUAUCGCCCUGGUCGUCUGCUGGUCGUAUUAUGCUUAUGUGGUGGAGCUUUGUAUAUUCACCAUCCCCAGUAUAGGAGAGCAAAUUGUCUACCUGAUCUUCUUCCACCUCUUUUUCAUCAUGUUUGUAUGGUCUUACUGGAAGACCAUCUUCUCUCAGCCUGCCAACCCUUCCAAAGAGUUCUGCCUGCCCAAGGCUGAGAAAGAGCGUUAUGAGAAGGAAGAGAGGCCAGAGUCCCAGCAAGAGAUUCUAUGGAGAGCCGCCACCAGUCUGCCUCUGUACACCCGCACAGGAGCCGGAGCAAUCCGUUACUGUGACCGCUGUCAAGUUAUCAAGCCAGACCGGUGUCAUCAUUGCUCUGCGUGUGACAUGUGUGUGCUGAAGAUGGACCACCAUUGUCCCUGGGUGAACAACUGUGUCGGAUUCUCCAACUACAAGUUUUUCAUCCUCUUCCUGGCUUACUCGCUGGUGUACUGUUUGUUCAUUGCAGCCACCGUACUGCAAUAUUUCAUAAAGUUCUGGACACUUUGCCGGAGGAAAUCGGCAGAGCACUGCCCAAAGAAUGAGCUGCCAGACACUCAUGCCAAAUUCCAUGUCUUGUUUCUGUUUUUUGUGGCGGCCAUGUUCUGCAUCAGUAUUCUGUCCCUCUUCAGCUACCACCUGUGGCUUGUAGGGAAGAACAGGUCCACUAUAGAGGCGUUCAGAGCACCAGUCUUUAGGACAGGCUCUGAUAAGAACGGCUUCUCUCUGGGUUUCCGGAAGAAUAUCGCUCAGGUCUUUGGAGACCAGAAGAAGUACUGGCUGCUGCCCGUCUUCACCAGUCAGGGAGAUGGUCUGACGUUCCCUACGCGGCUGGUCAACGCUGAUGUGGAGCAGGCCGCAGUGACCCUGCAGCCAGAGCCCAAUGAAAGAGCUGCUGAAGUCCCUGUGAGCCCUGUGAGCCCCGUCAGCGAGUCACAGAACCGCCUCCUGAGCAACGACCAGCAUGCCAACAACAUUGGAGACCAUCAGGCUGAUAGCACCCUCAAAUCAGCUGAUGGUGAAACCAUUACAGUCUCCAUGGAGAGCGAGUCCUAACCAGGAGGAACUCCUCAGUCAUCUAAUACGAUGCCUUAAGCAACCAAACAGUUAAGUUUGUCACCAUGGCAACAGUCUCCCAGCGCUAACCCCAUCCCCACAGACCUAUUCUGAGUUACUAUGGAAAUGCAUUUAUUUUGCCCAUUCGCAGCAAAGUAAUGCAUCCAUGGCAUUGGCGUUUUUCGCAUGCAGUGUCAUAAGCAAAUCUCACACCUACCCCCAUAGGACAUGUGAUACAAGCUUGUUCCCUCUCACACCAACGCACACACACACACACACACACAUGCUAACACUCAUACAUUCUACUAUAUACAUUUUUCCUUGUGUUGUUUAGUUUUCUUUUGGUGGAGGAUUUAUUGAUGAUGAGAAAAUUCAAGAAUCCCGGGAAGGAAUAUGAGCUACUUUUGGUGUUUUAAUGAGAGAACUUUUUGGUGCCAAAAGUGUCCUGGGUGCACCAGGACUCAUUUUCUAGGCACUCGAAAAUGGAGCAGUGUGUUUGUUUUGAACAUUUCUCUCUCGUGUUUUUAGAAAGGCUGGACAUCCCGAGGACAUGGAUCAGUUUACCUGUGUGACAGUUUUUUUUUUUGUCUUUUUAUUUUUUAACUCAUAAUGUUGGAGCGCAUCUGUGGUCUGCAACUUUUUGAGAUGGAUAUUUCCCACCAAAACCUGGAAUAGCUUACAGAGGACCCUACUGCAUGGUUGAGUGGACUGAACCAGUGCACAGCAGGGAAGACUGUAGCUGGGUUUUGGAUAUCUGAGCACAAGGUGGCACAAUUGCACUUUGUAGAUUAUCAAUGUCCAUCAAACAACGUGCUGCUUCUUUUUUUUUCUUCUUUUUUUUUCAUGCCCAAAAAGCAUCCCAGGUAUAACGGAUGUUGGAUAAUUAUGUGAUUUAUGGCAUAUUGUUUGUGUGUGAAUGUGUGUGGACAGUUGAAGUGGCAGUCUUAUUUUGUACGAACUAACAGCAACUAAAAGAAUCAUUGUGUUUUUGUGGCCAAAUUGUGUUAAAACAUGCUGCUUAUAAAUGACCUGGGAGACGCAUUUCAAACAGCGUCCAUCACUACCUUUCUUUCAGAGUCAUAUGGAAGUAUGUCAUAUGCUGAUCAGUGAUUCUGAGCCCGCAAUGUCUACAGCCGGUUUUUCUACAGCUCAGUGCUUCAGCCUUUACUAAGACACCAACACUCAUUGCCAAAUAAGGGCUGACCUGUCAGGAGCUCUGACCUCUGAACCUGAAGUGUUUACAACAUCCUAGCUUUAUAUUAAACUCACUGGUCAAUGUUAUCGUAACCAAAUUCUAUUUACCUGUCGUCGUGGCGCAAUAUUUUAUACAAGGUUUGUCUGUCCCUCCUGCCUGUAGCGGGUCAUGAUGUCCUUCCAAUACCAGUGCUGGCCGACAGGUGGCGACACAGCUCCUGUUAUCUAUCUGCCAUCAUUCACAUGAGAGAUUUAUCUGAACUCUAUCAACAUGUGGAUCAGGGCUCAACUCACUUUCAGUCAGAUUUGCAGGAGCAGCUUUCUUCAGAAUUAAAUAUUUUCACAGCAUGCAAUUAAUAUGCAUUACCUUAUAACUCAUCCAGAUUUCAUUUGAAGUGGAAGUGAAUUGAAGCCCAUCUGAUCUGAUGUGAAAUUAAGGUGUCGGCUACAGCGUCUACUCUGUAUUUAUUUAAAAAGUCAGCUCAGUGUUGUGGCCCUGAACUGUUAACGGAGUCUCCGCUUGUGUCAAACCUAACCGUGUCAAUGUUGAACAUCUGAGUUGUGUCAAGUGUUGAACAUCUGCGGUGUGACUCUGAGGAUCUAACAAAAUCCGUUAAGGAAGAAUUUUAGAUUCCAUGACUCAUGCACAUGUCAAUAUCUGUUAAAGAAUGGACAAUUGUAUCACUUUAACCAAAUAACAACCGUUCAGGAUUGAGUUACAUCCUUUUCCAAGGAAUUUUGCAACUUUUCAAGGAAUUAUGCAACUUUCCAACUCCCAUUGGAGGGCGACCCAGCUUAUUCCUUAUGUCUGUCAUUGCUCGUGUCUAUCUGAUCACAUCCCUUACUUUUGCUGGAAGAACCUCCUACUAAAUAGAUCCCACCAGACUCUGGGGAUGUACAAGUUUACAGCUGUUUCUGUCGUGUAGAGUGGGUUAGUGAUGUUGUACGGUGUGUUUCUUGGUAAUCACUGUCACAGUUGUGCUGAAUGUAGAUGGGACAGUGGGGGGACUUGAUCGAAUGAUGGGAGCGUUUAAAACCGCCCGCUCUUUGGACUUUGUUUACAUUUCAUCCUUCCAAUCAUGUUUGACCAUUUUGAGCCCAAGUGUGUUUACAAACCGGUGAUUGGAGGACAUUUGUUACUGUAUGAAUUACGCUGAUGGCGGCUUAAGUAUCGGAAUAACAUUGUGGUUCGAUCUCAAUUAAUCAGCUUAAAUUACUGUCAGAGAUCAUGAUUCAAGCCAAGGUUGUGUUCCGAUCAUGUGUAGAUCUUUUCUAAACCUCACACUCAAACAUUUGGUUUUAAUAGAAAUGCAAAAAUAUGUAUCAUCUGUAAGGAGCGUGGCUCAUUCCUCUCAUCACUUAUGGCCACUAAUUCUAAAAGAAAAAAGAAAAAAAAAAAA